AUGAUCCCACGGUCCAUCAAGUCCAACAGUGCGCUGAGCAUCCGUGCGCGUCUGCGUGCGCGGUGGAAUUCGUCCGCCGCUGCGCCGGCGCCCGCUGUGCACCCCGUCUCGCAACUGAGUCGCGAGGUCAGCAAAGAGCUCACCGACCGCCGCAGCUCGCUCGCCGCGUUCGACCUGUUCAAAACCAAGGUCAACGACCUGUCCCAGACGCUCUCGAAUUCGCAGUACACGCUGCAGCGCUCAUUCGGCCUCAAUUCCGCGCUGACGCAACUGCUGCAGGCCUCCAAGGCCGAGCUGGCAGGGCGCGCGGGUUCCGGCGGCCCCGCCGCCGACUCGGGCCGCCAGCUGCCCCCCGACCCCUUUGAGAUCCUCACAGUCAUGUGCGAGUACGGGCUGGCGCGCGACGCGCACUUUCAGGUUGUCUUGGAACACCUGGUCGCCGCUAAUCGCCCUCAAGAGGUGCUGGGUCUUUGGGUGAAGUACCUGGAGACCCUCGCGGAGAACCCCAAGGCGGUCACCUACGGGUCGCACCACGCCAACAACGUGGCGCUCGCGUCUGUGGGCUACCUUCAGUUGCCUGGGAACUCCCCCAAGCUUGCGGAGCUCGCGCAGAUCUUGAAUCUUGCCGAAAAGGAGGACCAAAUUCCAAUUCUCAGGAUCAGAUAUCUUGUGGACACCCUGAAGCUCGGCAGCGCUGUGCGCUCGUCUGUAAUUGAGAACUUUGGCGCUCUCCUGCUCGAGUUCUCCCACGCCUGCCAGGCCGAGUUCCGGAGACAGCUUCUCUCGAUGGAGCAAGUCGCGGACCUGCAAAAGUUGUUUACGGCGCUCACUUCAGCCGCUGAGAAAUCCAGCCAAGGCUUGGACGCCAGUAAUGUUGCUCUUUUUAUGGACGCAUUCAUCGGCUGCAAAAAACCUCAGCAGGCCAUCAAGUGUUUCAACGUGGCCAAGGAAAAGAAUUGUGUGGGUGAGCCAGUCAAAAAUUCACUACUUAUAGCGGUUGCUAACCUUCCGGUCUACGGCAAAGACAUGAGAGACCAGAAGGCCAAACGUAUUGAGGCUGUAUGGAACUCCUAUAUUUCUGAGGCCCCCGAAAAGAUCAGUGUGAGCUCCUAUACUGCUCUUUUGGCAGCCUUGGGCGAAAGCAGAAACUUCAACAAGCUGCAGCAAUUGUGGAGCAGCGAGAUUCCCAAGGAACUGAAAUCUGAUCAGGACCUCUUGGAAACCCACCUCCUCUUUCAAUGCUACAAAAGGGAUUUUAGCUUUGAAAAAAUGCGCGACCAGAUUCCAGAGAAACUAAGAUCGAUAAAGCUUGCCAACGAAAUUCUGUUCAAAAUGGCUCAAGAGAAGGUGCCUGAAAACGUCAUCACAGAGUUUUAUCGCCAGCAGUUCGUCGACGCAUCAGCUCCCUUAAAACCUGAUAGCAAGAGUUUGGCGCUUAAGAUGUACAUCAACUUUUUGUACACGAAAGAUCCAGAAUUUCAGUUCAUGAAGAGUAUCUCGAAAAGUAAAAAUGAUGUGAACACUACUAAUUUAAUCUUUAAACGGUUCGUGGAGUUCUGUCCAGAUAUAGAAAUCACCAAAAAGCUAUUUGACGAAAUCAAGUAUCCUUUGGACUCCAGAAAGUAUGGUUAUAUGAUAACCGCCGAAUCUAGAGCCGGAGAUAUUACAGCUUGCGAAGAAAUCUUCAAGAAAUUUGUGCAAGAGACUAAAAAUCCUAGCACUAUAACAAGAGCCAUUCUGGACCCAAUAGUCGAUGCCGCUUGCGAGCAGUGUGUUGCCGAGAAAUCUGCAGCUUCUCUAGAGAAAGCCCAUAUCUAUGCCACAUUCGCCAAAAAGGCACAGAAAAUGCUUUCUUUCCAAUCCGCGUCCAAGAUUAUCCAUACCUUGGCUUUGCUUGUGAGAAGUCUAGACGGGAAACUCUCCCCACAGCAAGACGAGGCCGUCAAGAAACUUCUCGAGGACGUGCAUAGCGUGAAGAACUUUUCGCCUUCUACGCGAGACCUCGAGACUUUGACCCGGCAUAAAGUGUCGCUUCCUGAUGGCAUGCAGCAGUAG